AUGAUUAACAAGGCAGGCUGCGUCGUGAUAGCUGUGAGAAAGGGGGGUACAAUUUCAAACAAUGAUCGAUAUAAAAACACAAUUGUGAAGACCUUAAUCGAAAAGGUUACCAAAAUUAAGGCGAAAAAUAAAUUCUUUAACUGCAACGGAUAUUACGAUUUUUUAUUUCGUAACUACGCUCUGCAUAUUUGUUUGGACGACUCCUUUAAGCUGCUUUAUUUGCAAAAUAAAGACGGCUACUUUAGCAAAAAAUUAAUGGCACACAUAUGCUACAUAAUCAGCAAUGCGUCCAUUUACAGCUUACUAAAAUUUGACAAGGAAUACAUAAUAAAUCACCUGUCCGAGUGUAACAUUUAUAAGUACAAAUGCGUUUUUCAAAAUGAGUACUAUCAUUUUGUGCAUAAUCUUCUCCUUCUAUGCUGUCUACAGUUAUGCGUGCCGUCCACAUUGGAAAAGCUCGAUCAAGAAAAGCAACAAAAAAUAAGGUUAAAAAAUUUGCACAAAUUUUGUGAUGCCAUGAAUUAUGUAACACCACAAGGUUGGGAAAGUGAAAGGGAAAAGAACACACCAUGUGAUGUGCAAAUUUUUUCUAAGGUGUACAAAUGCUUCUGUGCCAAUCAUAUAAGUCCGUUCCCGUUUGUGAACAAAAUUAUGUACCUACAUUUGUGCGCAAAUAAUUUGCACUCACAUUUGGACAGCCUUACCCUGAGUUUUCUACAUGGAGAAGCCUCUGAGCGGCCCCCCACCAGCUUACACUCACAACGCGAUAAAAAUGAAAACCCGUUACCAAUAUGCCAAAUUAGCAAGAUACUGUUUUACCUGUCCAAGAGUGACCUGAAUUUUUACUAUGAAUGUUUUAUAAAUAGGUACUUUUACGUUAUACACACGUAUCUGUUUCGCUUGACUGACGCACCAGUAGAGGAUUCACCCCGGACGCAUGUCAAUAUUAAGAGUGACAUAUCUCACAGUGAAGAACAAAUUAUAGAUAGGCUAUUAGUCAGCCUAGUGAACUUUUUAUCCUCUUCGUAUAUAAUGAGCACUGUGGACGGGAAAUUUUCUACCAUCCUUCUAUGCAAUUACAUCACGUUAGUUCUAUUCAAAAGGCUAUAUGAGCAGCAUUUUGCCCAUUUUAACUGGGCCAAUUACGAUGCACCCAAGAAGGAACAUGUAAAAGAGCGUGGCUUUAUUUUGCUAACGCAGAGGAGUAAGUCUCACUUGCUCAAUGUAUCAUUCGCGAAAAAGUGCUACCUACUCAUGUAUAUUAUGAACAACCUUGUGCAGAAAUUGCCUGAACGCGUCAUACAAAAGUGGAAUAAAUGGAGCGGUGAAACGAACAUGAGGACAAAAAUAUGUAACACCAAUGAUUCACUUCAAAACUGCAUGGGGGUAAUAAUGCCUAAGCGUAUCCCCAGCCGCUACAAUAAUGCAACAGAUUGUCCACGCAGAGGAGGGCUCCCCCCAAAUAUAGACAAAUGUAAACAAAGAAGUGUAAACAGAUUGGAAGAACUAUUUCCAAACAGCAACUUUAAUUUUCUCAAAUUUGUGAAUCUCCCCUUUUUGAAAGUGCUGCAUUUUUACUUGUUACUUCACGAGCAAGGUAACAAAAAUAACGCAAAUGGGAACUGCAAAAAAUCUGUGCUAGAGAGGGAAAUUUUUUUCUUUUUACAACAAUACGUAGGAAGACGUUUCCCCCAAUGGGAAUGCACAAGUGGUGAAAGUUCCCCCAUGCCAUUUUUUACCAUCGAUAUAGAAAUACAGAAAAGGCAGCAGCGAGGAUGA